CGGCGCUGGGCGCAGCUUGCGGCAGUGGCGGCGGAGCAGGGCAGCGCAGGGGGUCGUGCGAACGGCAGCGGCGGGGCGGGGCGGCGUAGCUCGGCUCGGCUCAGCUCAGCUCGGCGGGCAGCAGUGCUCCACCGCCCGGGACCGGACCGGACCGGACUGAAGCGAAGCGAAGCGAAGCGAAGCGAAGCGACGCGGGCCGCGUGGGGCCGCCAGCCGCAGCCGGGGCGCUCCUGUCGUGCAGGCGCCGGGGGCCGGCGCGGGACCCCAGGGCGGGGGCCGGAGGCAAGCUCGCAGCGGAGCCGCGGAGGCAGCGGCGGGAGAGAGCGGGGCGCCUGCCUGCCCGCGCGGGCCCCGGCUCGCCACGGUGCCCGGCGACAAGGCGGAGGGAGGCGGUGGCCGAGGGGAGGAGGGCGCUGCCAUCGUCCUGCUGCACAACAAGGCCAGCUUGGCGAGCCUGGCCAUGGCCGCCAUCCGCAAGAAGCUGGUGGUGGUGGGGGACGGUGCCUGCGGGAAGACCUGCCUCCUCAUCGUCUUCAGCAAGGAUGAGUUCCCCGAGGUGUAUGUGCCCACCGUCUUUGAGAACUAUGUGGCUGAUAUCGAGGUGGAUGGCAAGCAGGUGGAGCUGGCCCUCUGGGACACGGCUGGCCAGGAGGACUAUGACCGCCUGCGCCCCCUCUCCUACCCCGACACCGACGUGAUCCUCAUGUGCUUCUCCGUGGACAGCCCGGACUCGCUGGAGAACAUCCCGGAGAAAUGGGUGCCCGAAGUCAAGCACUUCUGCCCCAACGUCCCCAUCAUCCUGGUGGCCAACAAGAAAGACCUGCGCAACGAUGAGCAUGUGCGCAAUGAGCUGGCCCGCAUGAAGCAGGAGCCGGUGCGCACCGAGGACGGCCGCGCCAUGGCCAUUCGCAUCCAGGCCUACGACUACCUGGAGUGCUCGGCCAAGACCAAGGAGGGCGUCCGGGAGGUCUUCGAGACGGCCACCCGGGCAGCCUUGCAGAAGCGCUAUGGCACCCAGAACGGCUGCAUCAACUGCUGCAAAGUCCUAUAGGGUUCAGCUGGUGCACGGCCCCCGGGUCACCCGUUGGCAGGUGGAGAGGAGCUGGGCUAUGCACGCACACGGCAGCCCCCUCUGCGGGGGCAAAGGGAGGGGGCACGCUCCCUCAGCCUUGGCCAAGAGUUGUGCUGGCUUGGCUGCAGGGGCGGUGGAUGGGGGGGUUGCAUGCCCUGAGUUGGGGGGGGGAAGGUGGGGAGAAGGCUCUUCCCAGCCCUGCUCCCUGCGAGUUAGCCACUGACUCUAACCAACUGAAAGCUGCUGAGCCCGGACUGAGCAGACCGUGUGCCUGGCUCUUCCCCUUGGCCCACCACCUGCAGCUCCUGCACGGCAUCCUCUCUUUCCCCAGAGGAGGGCGGUGGGGUUGAGGUGCUCCGAGAGACUCUGCGUGCAUGCCUCUGCCUCCCCUGGCCCCUGCGCAGAUGGGCUGGGGAAGGGGCUGUGUUGCGGGCUGCUGGCAGCAUCCCACCUCCCCGGCGGAUGCUGUGGCCUGAGCUUUGGCCUGCUGUGGAGCAUCGUGCCCUGCAGCCGGGCCUGGGGGGGGGGAGGGCCAUCCCCAGCUGUGCGUGUAUAUAUCUUACUUUUUCUGUCUUGUGCAAACCGGGGUAGGGCAGGGGGUGCUUAUUUAAAGUGAGGUGGGGAGGGGGUGCCCAGCUGGGACUUGCUUUGCGUGGAGGAGCUCGCCCGGAGGGACUGAUGCCUGCUGAUAACAUGAGCCUUGAACUGACUCCAGCUGCAGAAGUCGCCAGGCUGGAAAGUGAGAAGCUGGACUGCUUCGUCCUCCUUGCUGGACAUCCACCUCCUGGUGGACUAGGCAGGAUGAGCAAGGGGGGAGGGGGUGAUAUUGCCACAUAUUAUGAUCUUGGUGCCUGCUCCUUCAUUUAAUGUCAUCUUCUGCAUAUAUGUUAACUUGGGUUUAUUUAAGAGUUUAUUUUCAAAAGAAGUUACUUUGCACAACUUGGGUUUUAUUUUUUUCUAAAUUAAACACUCAAUGCACUUGUCAUCUGCAUACAACACUGUAGCAUUGCAAACAUUCUACGCAGUAACCUCAUCUGGGUCUUGUUUUUAAAUUGUGAUUUUUCUUUUGACAUAAGAGGAAAUAAAACCACUGUAUCUUUUUGCCUUGAGGGAAAAAAAUGGGUGAAAGCACUGGUCCUUGUGCAUUGAGUACAUCAAACUUUAAUACUAAAGGGCAGUUUAAAGUAUUUAGGUUUAUUUAAAACUUAUUUUCACAGGGUAGCAAACCUGUGUGAAAAUAAUCUUGUGUUUCUCUGGUUCAGAGAACAAAUGUAUCCAUUUAUGUUUGUUUACUUUUCUUUCCCUCUUCCCCCAACAGUGGUACUGAGACUGUUUCUGUUUUUAAUAAACUGACAUGACAAAAACAAUGAGAUGUAUAUGAUGUUUACAUAAAACUAUGAACUGUGUAUGCAGUUUUUUAUGUAAAGUAUUAAAAGAUUCUAUGCUGA